AGAUAGCCGCAAGAUCCCUGAAUGAUGGGUUCUGUCGCCGAGCACUACUUCUAUGAGGAGAUGGACUGUCCGUAAUUCUAGGCUUGUGACCAUAAUCGGGCUCUUGUGAUAGGCAACUCAAGCCUUAGCCUCUCUAACCCCAACGCGAAAGCUCAAAAAGUCACUAUCGUGAGCGCACUCAAUGUCCAUGUCUUCUCAUCGGCUCAUAUCGGUGCCUUCACGGCGUCGCCUACGCCGGCCCGAAACCCCACCACCGGCAUAUUCAGAAUACGACAUGCACGAAAUGUCCCAGCUAGCUGUUGUCUAUGAUCAAGAUAUCCGGGGCACAUUAGAGCUGGAGUACCACGCACCGGGUAUACCACCGCAAUCUACCGCAACUACCGCAACCGGUCCCCGUUGUCAAUCCACUUUCUGUUAUAGGGCCGUAACGGGGACGAGCCACUACUGCCGAAAGCAUACAUGUAAUGUAGCUGGCUGUGCUGGCCGUAGAGAAAAGGGGCAUGGCAAGCGCUAUUGUACAGUACACGAGUGUUUCUGGCGAGGAUGCCACGGCUCUAAAGCCGGACGUUCGAAUUAUUGCGACCAGCAUACUUGUCAACUAGAAGGUUGCCACGAACCAAGUCCAGAGGAAUACUAUCGUUACUGCAACGUCCAUACUUGUCGCGUCCAGCGCUGUGCCGGCCGGCGCGAAUCUCCCUCGAAGUACUGUUCCAAGCACAGAUGCCACGCCGACCACUGUUCUCGCGCGUUUUCAAAAUCAAGCGAGUUCUGUAUGGAUCAUAGAUGCGAAGUAGACCGAUGCGGCGCGGCGCGGCGCGACGGUAGCAAUCUCUGCGGCCGUCACGAGUGUUCAGUCGAAGAUUGCAGCGGGAGGAGGUUUGAGAAGAGCCAAUUCUGCGGUGCGCAUAAGUGCGUUACUAAGGGAUGCGCGGAUCUUCAGAUUGAAGGGUUUCGCCAUUGCGCGCAGCACAAGUGCCGUUCGUGUGAGAGGCCUUGCAUCCCCGAGAGUGGCUUCUGUCGUCGACAUAAGUGUCGGGAGCCGAGAUGUCCACAAUCUCGGGCGAGCGGCACGACAUGGUGUCUUCGGCACGUCUGUCAAUGGGUUGGAUGUGCCGAGCCUGCGUUCCAACGCAACGGAUACUGUGGUGAUCAUACCUGCUCUGUAGGUGAUUGCACCGAGGGCGUAGUCCAAGGGGAGAACGCCAUCGGCUUUUGCUGUCGCAAUCAUACUUGUGCAGAGCAGGGCUGCCUUCAGGAGAUUUCAAGAGUCGCGUACUGUGCCGAACACGAAUGCCCACGACGCACAUGUCUUAACUCUCGGUUCUGGGGUGAUGAACAGGACGAGAAAGAGCACGAAUGUUGCAGGAAUCAUACAUGUGCUCAGGAAACCUGCUACUCCCCUACGAUGCGUAACAGGGCGUUUUGCGAACAGCAUGUAUGUUCCUAUACCGGGGGUUGCAUGUCGCCUAAACUUCCGAACCUCGGAUGCUGUGAAGCACAUAGAUGUAACCAGGGCUCAUGUCGAAACCCCUGCGUCCCAGGUAGUUCAUUCUGCAACAACCACGUCUGUGCUUGGGAGACGGGGUGUUUGCGCGGUCGUGGUGGUCAAAACCAGAUUUACUGCGAAUCCCACACAUGCACGGAACGAAGUUGCCAUGAGAGAUGUAAAGGGUCGCAUGGCCUUUGCUCUUCGCAUGCGUGUCGAUGGAACCCGUCGUGUGUGAACGCACCCUUACACUCUGGUGAAUAUUGUCAGCGUCAUUCGUGUACCAAGAACGGAUGUACGAGGGCAAGUUUGGUUGAGGAGAGUCUAUGCCGCCAUCACGCUUGCUCGUGGAAUUCGUCCGUCUGCCUCAAGCCUCGUUGGAAGAGAAGUAGCUACUGCGAAGACCAUACCUGCGGAGAGAUGGGCUGUGGCUUUUCUAGAGUUCCGGGCGGUUCAUAUUGCUCUGACCAUUCCUGCCAGGCAUCGAAGUCUUGCACCGGACAGGCGGAAGUGGGAAGCGACUAUUGCAUCGAGCACAAGUGUGGCAGGCCGAAUUGUAGGUUAAAGAGUACAGGGGGUACACAGUUUUGCAAGAACCAUAAAUCCUUAUAUCGCCCAGUAGGGACUCAUGAACUGAAAAGCCUACAGAGUUUUCGGUCUCGCGCAGGAUACGAUGCAAUCGACCCCAUACUCGCAGCAUCGCUUACACAUGUCGGCUCGCCAAGGAAGUUUCCGAAAAGUCUUCCUAGGCAGCGCCAAUGGGCGUGAGGUACCUAGUAAUUGAGGUUCGUAGUGACUGGCUUUCUUGAAUGCUGAAAUGACUAGACUGUACCUACCUAACUCAUAUGAAACCAUAGGCAGAUUGGGUUGGCACCGGUACUUGCUACGAGAUAUUGAUUGUAUGAUUUGUUUUAUGAGGUAUAUGGCAACACUAUAGAAUUAACAUGGGGG